AUGGUAACCGAAGCAGACCUCAAGCCAUGGUUGCGGGCACCACCACAGAAAUACAUUCUUAUCAAUGCCACCGUCGUCGAUGUAACGAAUGGUUCACUGCGGACGAGCUCCGCGGUGAAACUGAAAGAUGGCUACAUCGAUGCAAUUAUUGAUUCCGAAAACUCUGCUAUUGCAGCAGCUCAACAACAAGGCUUUGAAGCAAUUGAUUGCAGCGGCAAGUUUAUCUGCCCAGGUCUCAUCGACUCGCAUGUGCAUAUAAUGGCCGUACCGGGAUUCGGCGACCUCUCGAAAGCCUUCGGCAACCCAAAUGACGUAUCGCUACUUCGUCAGCCAUAUGUGUGUGCCCAGAUGCUUCACAGGGGUUUCACAAGCGUGCGAGACUGCGGAGGCGCCCUUCUCGCUCUCAAGGAGGCCAUCAACGAUGGUGUUUUCCCUGGGCCCCGUCUUUUCAUUUCAGGACAUGCACUCUCACAAGCCGGCGGACACGCGGAUUUCCGCGGACCUCAUGACCACACUGCAUGUUGCGGAGGAUCAACGACAGGACUUGGCCGAGUUUGCAAUGGUGUGCCGGAAUGCAUGACUGCUGUCCGAGAGGAGAUCCGCACCGGUGCAGAUUUUAUCAAGAUCAUGGGCUCUGGUGGUGUCUCUAGUCCUACGGACAAGAUUGAUCAUCUUCAGUUUACUGCUGCUGAAAUCCAGGCCAUGGUUGAAUGUGCUUCCAACGCGGGAACGUACGUGACUGCACAUGCGUAUACCCCCAAGGCUAUCAGACACUGUGUUGAGAACGGAGUUCGGGGAAUCGAGCACGGCAACUUCAUCGACCCACCUACGGCGAAGCUUCUUGCAGACAAGGGAGUUUAUCUCACCCCAACUUUGAUUACAUACGCCGAGAUGGCGUCGCCAAAGUGGAAGGGAUAUCUCCCACCAGAGUCAAAGUCUAAGAAUGAGGAGGUCCUCACUGCUGGUUUGAAUGCUCUCAAGACAGCGCACGAUGCCGGUGUGACAAUCUGCUACGGCACAGAUCUUCUGGGCCCUCUUGGUGCUGCACAAUCGUUCGAGUUUUCUUUGCGAUCGAAAGCUUUGCCAGCAUUGGCAGUUUUGCAGAGCGCUACGAUCAACCCUGCGAGAAUGGUUGGCAAACAGGAUUCGCUUGGUCAAAUCAAGGCGGGCUUCGAGGCGGAUAUUGUCAUUACAAAUAUUAACCCUCUUGAAAACGUGGCAAUCUUUGACGACCCUGAGUCGCAUGUGUGCGGAGUUAUUAAGGAGGGAAGAGUUUACAAGAGCAGAUGGAGCGGACUCGCCGAAGAUGGAACGGUGGGCAUCAAGAUAAAGCCUGCUCUUUGA